GAACCUGUUAUCUCGAAUUUCCGUGUGCUUGAUACAUUUUUUUUCCGCCGAAUUAAUUUAAUCUUUGUUAGCAGUGCCUGCUCGCGAUGAACCUUGUGACAAUCGACUUCCAUUAAAAGAAUUAGCGUCGGUACAGUAUAAUCGUAAGGAUCAAGUCCUUUGCAAUUGUUGUUCCUGUAUUUCGUGGAAACUGUGUGUGUGGAUCUGAAUCUGUGUGAAGCGAAACAAUAUGGGAAUUUUUUGCCGAUCCAGUAGCUACGCGAAGUUGGCGCAGACCAUUGCCCUCAGGCGUGCGGCCGUCCCGUCAGUCACGUCUGUUUGCGAACGACUCCAGUCAAGUGCCGCCGUUGUGAGCGAACCGAAAUGGACCGAAAUUUAUACCACAAAUCCGAUCGACCACAAUGAGUCUACGUUCAGCAAGAUCCUCAUCGCUAAUCGUGGUGAAAUAGCAUGUCGUGUUAUGCACACCGCCAGGCGCAUGGGUAUCAAGACGGUCGCAAUCCAUUCCGACGUGGACUCUAAUUCGUUGUUUGUGCGGAUGGCGGACGAAGCCGUCUGUGUUGGCAAGGCUCCAACGAGCCAGUCAUAUUUGAAUGUUGAUGCCAUUCUCAGGGCCAUUGACUCCACGGGCGCGGAAGCUGUUCACCCUGGUUACGGAUUCCUAUCGGAGAACACAAAGUUCGCUGCGAUUUUGGAAUCGAAAGGGGUGAAAUUCAUUGGCCCAAAUUCAGACGCUAUCAUCAAAAUGGGCGAUAAAAUUGAGUCCAAGCGUCUUGCGAAGGGAGCUAACGUCAGUUUUAUCCCGGGCUACGAUGGGGAAAUCAAAAGUGAAGAACAUUGUAUCGAAAUAUCAAAGAAAAUCGGGUACCCGGUCAUGAUCAAGGCAUCUGCUGGCGGUGGUGGCAAAGGUAUGCGUAUCGCGCGAAACGACAAAGAGGCGCGUGAGGGUUUCAGGUUGUCUCAGCAAGAAGCGAAGUCAAGUUUCGGCGAUGAUCGAAUGCUUGUGGAGAAAUACGUCGUUGAUCCAAGACACAUUGAGGUGCAAUUCAUGGGUGACAAGCACGGAAACGCCGUUUACUUGAAUGAACGCGAAUGCUCGAUUCAGCGGAGGAACCAGAAAGUUAUUGAAGAAGCGCCAAGUCCCUUUGUUGAUCCGGAGAUGAGGAAGCGAAUGGGAACGCAAGCAGUUACCCUUGCCAAACAUGUUGGUUACGACUCAGCCGGUACUGUUGAAUUUCUUGUUGACAACGACAAGAAUUUUUACUUCUUGGAGAUGAACACUCGUCUUCAGGUUGAGCAUCCCAUUAGUGAGUGCAUCACAGGUAUUGAUCUCGUCUACGAAAUGAUCCGUGUGGCGAAAGGCCAUCCUUUGAAAGUCACACAAGAUCAGAUGCCUCUUCGUGGUUGGGCUAUUGAAUCUCGAGUAUAUGCCGAAGAUCCUUCCAAGAACUUUGGUCUUCCUUCUAUUGGACGUCUGUCAAAAUACCGAGCACCUUCUCACAUUGAUGGCGUGCGGUGCGACUCCGGCAUCGAGGAAGGGUCUGAAAUCAGCAUUUACUACGAUCCGAUGAUCUGCAAAUUGAUCACAUACGGGAAAACUCGAGCUGAGUGCAUUGAAAAGCAAAUUCAGGCCCUUGACGACUACGUUAUUCGAGGCGUGACCCACAACAUUCCGUUGCUGCGGGACAUCUUCACUGAGAAACGCUUUUGCUCAGGAGACAUCAACACAGGCUACUUGCCUUCCGUGUACCCGGACGGUUUCCAAGGCAAAUCUUACACUCCGGCUGAGAAGAAGGAUUUAAUCGCAAUUUCUGCUGCCAUGCAUGCCAAGGACGCGCUGCGAAGCGGAAAAUUCAUCAACGCUGAAGAGCCCACCAUCAAAGCAAGGGAAGAGUACCUUUUGACGGUACAUCUUGCUGACGAGCAAGCGCACUGCCUGGUCAAGUGCAAGCCAGGGGCAUUCGAUGUUCAUCUGGACGGCCAAGUUAUUUCAGUGAAAGACAAUUUCAAUUUAGCCGAGGAUGUAUCUCACAUGAAUGUGGGAUCGAAUAAACACACCAUACAAUUGAUCAAUCGGAAGCCCAACGGAACGUUGAGGAUCCGAUUUUUGGGAACUGCCUUGAACGUCAAGGUGAUGUCAGCGGAAGCCGACAGAUUCUUGAAACUCAUGCCGGACAAACCGAAAGCUGAUUUCAGUAAAACCGUCCAAGCCCCGAUGCCGGGUCUUGUCAAGAGCGUAAGCGCCAAGGUGGGACAAAUGAUUCCGGAGGGCCAAGAAGUUUGUGUCAUCGAGGCGAUGAAGAUGCAAAAUUCUCUGACUGCUGCCGUCACAGGCAAGGUGAAGGCAGUGAAUGUGAAGCCUGGAGACACGGUCGAAGACGAGCAAGUUCUGAUCGAAUUCGAGUAGGUAGCGUCGUCUUUUCCAACUGCGCGUGUGCCGUUCGACAUUUCCGGGCUUUUCCUUAGAAAAGAAGAUUCUCUACUCCGUAUGAGUUUCACUGAAAAAUCUCAGGUUGCGUGCUUUGCUUAAGGUGUAACUAAUGAAAACUCAGUGCUGGGUCAUUUUAUGUAUUUAUAUUGACGGUGCGAGUCAUCAACUGAAUAGCCGACGGACUCCGAGUGAACUUCCGCCAGAUUUAUAUAGUUGAUACCAUAUUGGUUCGAUUCCUGAAGUGAAACUAAGUUUCAGCGUGAAAAAUAUUUGGAAUGUUUUUUUUUAGUCAACUGUCUCAAUUGUGAUUGUCGAGCUGCAAUUUUUUUUCGAGUUCCACGCAAACUCUGCUCGGAUUUGAGGAGUAGAAAUCAAUCAAAAUAUGUGUUGUGGGCAAGGUUAUUUCUGAGAUAUUCUGAGUACAUCUGGAUUUUAACAGUCGAUCCGGGGUACACGUGUGGGUGUGGAUCAUGUUCAGUUUCUGUUGAGUUGUCAAUUGAAGCCUUGCAGUACAAGUGACAAUAAAAGACUUCAAUGGGUGUUGAGAACGUGAAA